UACUAACCCCGCUUUGCCUUUUUAAACAAUAUCACAAGAAAUCUAUUAAAGCACAGAAUUCGUGUUCCAAAUGUGCUAUUUAUUUAUUGUUGGAUUAUUUAGUACGUUAGUCUAAAGUAUUUGUAGUCUCUCUUGGUGUUGAUUUGUUUCUGUUGUUUGCAUCGUUGUGUAGCCUAUAUAUACAUGAUAGCGUCAUUUUGUUAAUCAUUUCCUUAUUUAAAAAAAAUGCAACGUACUUAGUAUGAACCGUUGGACGUAGAAAUGCCGCAGGUCACUAAAUUUCAAAAAGACCCGAUUGAACAUCAGUAUUGUUUUUUUAAAUGGAUACAAUGAAUACAAAGCAUCUUCACGAAUAAAUAAACAGCAAACAAAGCAGCACAACAGAACAAACGGCUAAUCUGCUAAAUGUAGACUCGCAUUUAGUUUCCAUAGAAGCCACGGUCACGUGACUUCGUUGCUCUCUAGAGUCUAGACAACGAUGACAAACUAGCAAAUUAGUUUUGACUUGGGAUUUAAAAAAAAAAAUUGUAAAGACUUUUAUUUGUUUAUAAAGAAUGGCUGAAAUAAUUCAAAAAGGAGACAAGGUUGGACGUAUUCUAGUGCAGGUGCAGAAUGAUUUAAGUCAGCUGAGGAAGAGGCUGGGUCGAAUAGACCAGGACGGGACUUUAGAUGUUCAGGCUCUUGAUGAGGCGAUAAGCAGGACAGAGGACGGCAUCAAGAACCGUGCAGAGGAAUAUCUAAAGACAGUAAAUAAACAAGUACUGACACUUCCCAUUAUUGAACAUGUUGAGAAGAAAGCAGUGACGGUUGCCAAAUGGCAGCCUCCCACUGAGUCCAUCCCAUACAUUGCUCCUCAGAAAUAUCUGACUGCUGGAGCAUCUCCUGGAGAGAAGCACAAGGCAGCUUUUACAAUGCGUGCACUAUACAACCCUGACCACCCAAAACACAGAGACCUGAUGCACCAGAACUAUGGCCUUCAACUUCCUGAUUUGCUCAAGAAACCUGGGCCUACUGUGGGAACCCAGAAAGCCAUGAGCUCUACAGUAGCUGUUGUACCUAUAGACCAGAACAGAUAUCUCCUCCCUGCAGCCUCUCUCUGUGAGGAGGACAAGAAACCAGGCAAGAAUCUGAGAAUACACUUUCAAGGUCAUCCCACCACUCAUCCAUCCAUCAAUGCAUUCGUCUAUCCAUUCAUUGAUUCAUCCAUGUUUACCUGUACAGUUAGAUUAUCUCUAUCUAUCUAUUUUAUAUUACUGCCCAGAGAACCAGAACUUUUGGCACCAAAAUCUGGAACUGUACUUUUUUAA